AUGAUUUUCGCUGUAUUUUCUCUCUUUAUUAUCCAAGCGUUUGCUGCUCCUAGGCACGAUUUGGGUAUUAUAGGUGGUGAAAAUGCCACACUAGGUGAGUUUCCUUAUAUAGUUGCCGUGGAAGAUUGCGAUGGGAUGUGUUUUGUAAAAUGCGGAGGCGUUUUAUUAACUGAAAGUUGGAUUCUCACUGCUGGCCAUUGUAACAAAGACGAAUUUUUCGACGAUCUUCAGGCCCACGUUGGAAUUACAAAUGUGGAAGAUCCAAACCAGCAAUUCAGGCAUAUAGUGAAAAUUAUUGUUCAUCCAAAAUUCGACAAAAAUCUUAAAAUCAGUUCGCACGACAUAGCGGUCAUGAAGCUUAAGACACCGCUUAUAUUAAAUGAUAGAGUAAAAGUUGCUGUUCUACCAAAACCAAACACUAACGAAUCACCUGGAAAUGCCACAGUGACAGGUUGGGGAGCAAUACAAGUUGAACCCACGAAAAAAUAUCCUGAUGACCUACAAAAAGCUGUAGUUCCAAUUGUUGAAUAUAAUGAUUGUAUGGCCAAACUUAAGAAAGAAGUAGGUGAGGAUUUACCCGAAUACAACAACACUGCUGUUUGUACUGGGCCGUAUAGCGGAGGAAUUGGACCUUGUUAUGGAGAUUCUGGUAGUCCUUUGGUUCAAAAUGACGUUGUUAUAGGAUUGGUCUCUUGGGGAUCCAAGCCCUGUGCUUUCGAAGGCGCUUUAGCCGUUUAUACCAAAGUUAGUUCAUUCAUUGACUGGAUACAGGAAAAUAUUGAUGAGCAAUUGAGCUUUGAAAAUUAA